AUGUUUCAAGCUGCUCCUGCACGGAAGCUAGAAAAAGAAGAUUUGGAGAACAAUCGGAUCACGUAUCUCUCCGCCAUCGUCGAUGUGGAGGAUGCACCGGAGACGGGACGCGAUGAGGUGGAAUCUGGAGGCGAGCUCUUCUCUGAGUUUGGAGAAGGAGAAGAAGGUGAUGUUACCGACGCUGCUGAUGAACUUGAAGAUGAAGAAACUAUUUUUCAUGUAGAAAAGGCUCCAAUCCUACACCCGUUGAGGCUUCUCUCGUGCAGGGAUUCAUGUUUCAGCUUUGUAAAGGCGUGGCGAGAUGAUUUGGAGACAAGCUCUUUUCCCUGUUGCUUCACAUUUGCAGCCCCUCCCGUUGGAAGAGACUCCAUUCAAGCUGUUCAAGAUGUGAAAGAUCUGAAAGAAUUGGCCGCUAAAUUGCGUACUGUUGAAGAGUUUGAGGUUGAUCUGGAACAUAAUACGUACCGAACAGAGGAUUAUAUAGUUGAUACAUUCAAGCUCCGUCUUCACGUUGGUCCUUACCUAAGGGAGCUUUUCAAAGACCCUAAAAAGGGAAAGCUCAAAUCACUGGGCUUCUCAUAUGAAUGGGACUGUGAACUCUCUACAACAGAGCCAAACUAUUAUAAUUGGACACAAUGGAUCUUUCUUCAGCUUUAUAAGAGAGGUUUGGCAUAUCAGGCUGAAGUACCCGUGAAUUGGUGCCCGGCUCUUGGUACUGUUUUGGCUAAUGAGGAAGUUGUGGAUGGUGUUAGUGAGCGUGGAGGCCACCCGAUUAUAAGAAAGCAACCGAUGAGGCAAUGGAUGCUGAAGAUUACUGCAUACGCUGAUCGUCUUCUAGAGGAUUUAGACGAGCUUAAGUGGCCCGAGAGUAGAAAAGAAAUGCAGAGAAACUGGAUUGGUAGAUCAUAAGGAGCUGAGCUAGAUUUUUCGAUUCUUGAUAGCGAAGGAGGUCGAGAAACUGACAAAAAGAUUACAGUUUAUACCACCAGACCAGAUACCCUUUUUGGAACAACAUAUGUUCAACAGACUACAAUCAUAUUUUAUGAUUCAGAAUUCAAGAUUCUUGAUCUUGAUUGUCUUAUAUGUUCUGCAGUUACAUGGUUGUGGCAACAGAGCAUCAUUUGUUGUCUUACUUUGUAACUGAAGAACAUAAACAACAUAUAUAAAACUUCAUUUAUACAUUUUCAAUAAAAAUCAAAUUAUCUUUCA